AAAAAAAAGAGGAAGAAAGUUCAUAGCGGAAUAAUAAUAAGCAUAUAGAAGUUGAAGAAAGCAAAAGCGUGGUGGAUCUGUGAAUGAUCGAUGGCGCUCUCUCGACUUCGUCAUCCGUUGAUUUUCCGAGCUCCGUCGCUACUCCGAGCUCGCCGUCUUCUCGCCGCCGGUCCUUGUAACUCCUCCACACUCCGAUCGCUCCAUCAUGUUCCUGGGGUGCUGAAUCAAAUUCCUGAUGUGGAUGCUUCUUCAUUAAGUUUGGUCAGGCCUUUAAAUUUCCGCCUGCUCAGUGAAGUACAUGUUGUACCAUCUAAGCUACAAAGUGGUGUUCGGCACUUCUCGUCAGCUGAGGCUCCUUCAUAUACAGAGGUGGGAAUGCCAGCUUUGUCCCCUACAAUGACUCAAGGUAAUAUAGCAAAAUGGAUAAAGAAAGAGGGGGACAAGAUUCAAGCAGGGGACGUACUAUGUUUGAUAGAGACUGAUAAAGCAACGCUUGAGUUUGAAACUCUUGAAGAAGGUUUCCUUGCAAAGAUAUUGGUCCCUGAAGGAACAAAAGAUGUACCGGUGGGACAGACUAUAGCAAUUACGGUGGAAGAAGCAGAUGACAUACAAAAAAUCCCUGCUACCGUUGGUGGUGCAUCAGAGGUUAAAAAUCAAGCAUCUUCUCAGACAGAUGCAGCAAGGGGAGAUGGGGCUACAGAAGUGAGUCCUGCGAAUAUCAGCUCAUCUGAACUUCCUCCACAUCUGAUCCUUGAUAUGCCAGCUUUGUCCCCAACCAUGAACCAAGGUAACAUUUUUAAAUGGAGGAAAAAGGAAGGUGACAAGAUAGAGGUUGGUGAUGUUCUCUGUGAGAUAGAAACUGACAAAGCAACUCUUGAGCAUGAAAGUCUUGAAGAAGGAUUCUUGGCCAAAAUACUGGCACCUGAAGGUUCAAAAGAUGUGGCUGUUGGGCAGCCUAUUGCAAUCAUGGUUGAGGAUGAAAAUGAUAUUGAAGCUGUGAGGACAUCGAUCAGCGGCAACAAUGUGGUUAAGGAAGAAAAGCCGGUCCAUCAUGAUGUCACAACUGAAGUUAGAACUCAGACAACAGGUUUCAAUAGAAUCAGUCCAGCUGCUAAGGUAUUAAUUACGGAACAUGGUUUAGAUGCAUCAUCAAUUCCAGCAUCUGGUCCUCGUGGUACCUUGUUAAAGGGAGAUGUUCUUGCUGCAUUGAAGUCUGGAAAGGGAUCAAGCAACAAUUCAUCAGUUGGGAAGGCAACUCCAUCUCCUCCUCAGGUCAACCAACAAGCUACUCCAACAAAGUCACUUGAUUUAAAAUCUGAUGGACAGCAAAAGGAUGCUUAUGAAGAUUUACCCAAUAGUCAAAUUCGCAAGGUGAUAGCAGCAAGGUUAUUGGAAUCUAAGCAAUCUACCCCUCACUUGUAUUUGUCCACAGAUGUUAUAUUGGACUCUCUUCUCUCCUUCAGAAAGGAACUUAAAGAAAAGUAUGAUGUUAAAGUCUCUGUGAAUGACAUUGUAAUCAAAGUGGUUGCAGCAACAUUAAGAAAUGUACCAGGAGCAAAUGCUUACUGGGAUGAUGGAAAAGGUGAGGUGGUGCUUUGUGAUUCUGUCGAUAUAUCUGUUGCGGUUGCCACUGAAAAGGGCUUGAUGACCCCAAUUAUCAGGAAUGCUGAUCAAAAAUCCAUAUCCUCAAUAUCUGCGGAGAUCAAGGAGCUUGCUGGAAAGGCACGAGCUGGAAAGCUUAAACCUAAUGAAUUCCAAGGUGGCACUUUCAGCAUUUCAAACUUGGGCAUGUUUCCAGUGGAUCGGUUUUGUGCAAUUAUCAACCCUCCUCAGGCCGGUAUAAUUGCUGUUGGUAGGGGCAAUAAAGUUGUCGAACCUGUGGUUGGUGCUGACGGAAUUGAGAAACCAGCUGUAGUUAACAAAAUGAGUUUGACAUUAUCAGCUGAUCAUCGCGUCUUUGAUGGGAAGGUUGGAGGUGCGUUCGUUUCAGCAUUGUCAUCUAACUUCAGUGACAUCAAGAAGCUUCUACUUUAAUACGGAUGAAGUGUCUGGGAACAAAAUAUCCUACAGGACAACCUGUGCAGGCGGCGUAGUUCUUUUUUCUGAUGAUAGUUUGCCUCUUUCAGAUCUCAAGCUUGUAUUAAUGGUGCCAUUUUUGUUCUUGAAGAUAGAAAUGAUUUGAGGUCCAUAAAAUUGGACUAGUUCCAAUACCAAUGAUACUACCAUUUCUUCUGAGAUGCUAAGUUUAUGACACUUCUGUUCUCCCUGUAAAGUUGUACAAUAGGGGUGCCUCAAUAUUUUUUACCAAAUAAAAAGCUGAUUUUUUCCUCUCUUGCUCA